UUGGGUCGAGCUAAACAACAAGCUUAAAAUGUUUAUCAUGAGGUAUGGUAUGGGGGUAUGACGCGCUGGCUUGUGUUUGCUUCAAAUCGUUUGAGUGAGUGGCGAGCAAUCAUUCUGGCAAUGUUACAAAUCCUCCAAAACACAAUUUCUACGCCCAGCUUUUGCCGAGAACCUGUCAAAAUCCCCAACGCUUGGGGCCUCCGACGCCAAGAUAAUCUGUAUCAUCUUGAAAGGGAAGGAGAUAAAACUUGGAGGUUAUUCCCAAUCAUCAGCUAAGGUCAGUUGGUGGCUUGGCUCUUGGGUACCUGGCUUGGGUCGCUUCGCCUCGGUAGGUCAGCCAAUUGUGCUGAGAUGCAUUAUCUCCAUCCUCAUUGAGAUUGGGUCCCUAGUCAGAUUGAGCCGUGCAAAUCCGGGGAUGGGAUCGGGGAAAGUGGAAUUUAUUACGUUAAAUAUUUUUAAAGUUAACGGAGCAACUGGGUCGUUGAGUCAGUGCUAGCAUUUCCCCU